AUGUCCAAGUUCAAGCACUCGAACACCAAGCGCCGCGGGCUGGUGGUGUACGGCUCCGUGGGCAAAGGCGGUUUGUUUUUGCCCCAGGACUUCAGCGACCAGCCCGACCUCGACGAGGACCAGCAGCCCCUCAUCACCCCGCAAUCGCCAGGGUUGGCCCACCACCUGGACAUCAGGGACGAGCUCGUCGCCCAGGAGCGUGAGUUCUUGCUGGACUUAAACCUCCACCCGCCAGCCGACGACAGCGACGUCAACCUGAUGUUUUCCGAGGCGUUGUUGUCGCAACAUUUAGAUGGAACUACCGCCAAGAUCGAGACCAAGGCGUUGGCUAAAGCGUCAAUCCCGUUGGUGGCGACAUUUGUCCUCCAGAACUCGCUCUCCACCGUGUCGGUGUUCACCGUGGGCCACUUGGGCGCCGCCGAACUCGCGGCGGUGCUGAUGGGCGCAAUGACGGCCAACAUCAUGGGCUACGCCACCAUCCAGGGGAUCGCCACGUCGCUCGACACGUUGUGUCCCCAGGCAUUUGGUGCUGGUAACUACAAGCUUGUGGGGACGUACAUGCAGCGGUGCAUCGCCAUCAUCUUCCUUGUGAUGGCCCCCAUUUUGGCUCUGUGGGUGUUUUGGGGUGACGGGUUGUUAUCGAUUGUGGUACCUGACCCUGCUACCGCUCACUUAGCCGGAGUUUACCUCCGUGAUGUGGCUCCGGGUGUCCCCGCCUAUAUCGUAUUUGAGUGCGGUAAACGGUUCCUUCAGGCCCAGGGGAUCUACCACGUGCUGACCCUCUGCUUGCUUGUGGCGGCUCCGCUUAACCUUGUGAUGAACGUCGUGUUAGUCAACUGGUGGGGCUACCAGGGCGCCCCCAUCGCCGUCGCCAUCAACUACUGGAUCAUGGCGUUCUUGCUCUUGUACUUCACCAUCUACCGCAUGCCCGCGUCCAAGACGCCGCUGGGACUCGACCCGAAAGAGUGCUGGCCUGGUUUUGACUGGAAAAACAUCUUCAGUGGCUGGGGUAACUUAAUCAGCUUGGCCAUCCCUGGUUUGGUAAUGUUGGAAGCAGAAUUUUUAUCCUUCGAGAUCAUGACGUUAAUGGCAUCCCACUUAGGUACGAUCAAUUUGGCGGCGCAGCUGAUCGGUGCUACUUUGGCCUCGCUCACUUACCAAGUACCUUUUGCCGUCGGUAUCGCUGCCUCGACGAGAAUCGCUAACUUUUUGGGGGCUGGGCUAGCCAAAAACGCUCACAAGACUACUCAAGUCGCUCUCGCAUUUGGGGCUAUUGUCGCCCUUCUCAAUUUCGGCGUCGUCUACUUCGGCAAGGACUUCAUUGCUCGUCUCUUCACCAACGACCGCCGGGUGAUCAAGACCCUCCACAAAGUCAUCUGGCUCAUUGCCCUCAUGCAAGUCGUCGACGGCAUGAACGCAGUGCUGGCAGGCUGCUUACGGGGCCAAGGCCAGACGAAGAUUGGCGGGGUGGUCAACUUAUUAGCCUACUACGUGGUGGGGCUCCCGCUCUCGAUGUGGCUCACAUUCUACUCGCCGUGGAAGGGGACGUUGGCCGAUAUCUGGGUCGGGUUCGUGGUGGCGCUUCUCAUCAUUCUGGGGGUGCAAUCGACGGUGGCUCUCCGCUCCGACUUCGGUAGACUCGUGGCGAUGGCCAAGGUGAGAGGGGGUGCAUUUGUUGGACAUUGA